UCUAGUUUCAGACCAUACUAGUACAUUCAUCGACUUCUCCUCAAAUCGAGCCAGUCAGUCACGCUUAAUUGAUGCAGGGAAAUGGAGUUGCCAUGGCUGCUCAUGCCGUCUCUUAUCCUUUUGCUGAAUGGAGUUGGAUUGUGUCUUUCAGAUAACGCCAAACGCUGGCAGUCAUUCAUGAGGAAGAUCACAGAAGUCACAAAUAAUUACCUGCCAUGCAGUCAGGAGAACUGCAGUUGUCAUCUCAGUGUCUUAAAAGAUGACCUUAGGCCAUUUAAAAAGGGUAUAUCUGAGGGGUUGAUGGCAGACACGGUCCACAGAGGUGUUGGUACGCACUACCAGAUCAUCGGGAACAAGUUGCACAUACAUAUUACAUUAUCCUUUCUUGGCAGAUGCAGUGGUGUCGAGCACUUCAUCUUAAAAGUGAUUGACCGGUUGCCAGAUUUAGAAGUGGUGAUUAAUGUGCGUGACUAUCCACAGGUUCCUGGAUGGGUUCAGCCAGUCUUGCCUGUACUUUCUUUCAGUAAGACAGCAGACUACCAGGACAUCAUGUACCCUGCAUGGACGUUUUGGGAGGGAGGUCCUGCUGUAUGGCCCAUUUACCCCACUGGACUGGGCCGAUGGGACCUUAUGAUGGAUGACCUGAAAAAAUCAGCAGCUCGAUGGCCCUGGAAGAAAAAAGAUCCGAAAGGAUUCUUUAGAGGCUCUAGGACCAGUUCAGAAAGGGACCCUCUGAUCCUUCUGUCAAGACAAGCCCCUGACCUUGUGGAUGCUGAGUACACCAAGAACCAGGCCUGGAAGUCAGAGAAGGACACUCUGGGUAGACCCCCUGCCAAAGAAAUCCCCUUAGUUGACCACUGUGAAUACAAAUACCUUUUUAACUUUAGAGGUGUGGCUGCUAGUUUCCGCUUGAAGCAUCUGUUCCUGUGUGGAUCGCUGGUUUUCCACGUCGGCGAGGACUGGCUUGAGUUCUUCUACCCUCAGCUCAAGCCCUGGGUUCACUACGUUCCUGUCAAACAGGACUUGUCUGAUCUCAGAGAGCUGCUUCAGUUCGUGAAAGAAAAUGAUGCUGUAUCAGAAGAAAUUGCUAUAAGGGGCCAGAACUUUAUUCUGGAUCAUCUCCGUAUGGAGGACGUGUCUUGUUACUGGGAAAGGCUCCUCACUGACUUCAGCAAGCUGCUCAAAUACAAACCCAAGAGAAAAACGAAUUACAAUCAGAUCAUCCACAAAGCCAGCAGAUCUGAACUCUGACCUGAGGAAAUCAUAAUGGGGGAGAUCAUUAUUUUUGUUUGCCUUUAUUCUUGCUCUUCAUUCUUUUUCUCUUUAAACUGAUCUUUACUAGCUGAAAAGAGCGUUUAAAGGCAGCUCUGUGUGGUUAAUCCAGUGAAUCCUGCCAAAUGUCUCCAAGAAUGUCUAUAUUGCUUCAAAGGUUAAGACUGAAGGAAUGUUUUAAAAUCAGUUAAGUUACCAUAUAGCGAUCUGCAUAAUUUAAAAAAGACCUGUCCAGACUCUCAUCCUCUUGAUGUCAGGAAUAUUACACCGCUAAACUAUGCUUGGUGUCUUCAUAGCAUUCAUCAGUCUCUACACAAAUUUUAAGGUCAUAAGAAGUCAGUUUGAAGUGUGGUGUUAAAUCUGAUGCAAGUGUAACACACUGUAAAAAUAAUUGUGAAACAACAUAAACAAUUCCUUAAUGGUUUCAUCAUGGCCUUA